AUGGCGGCAAGCUCAGUUGUCGUCCAGAGCUUCUUCACCGAGCGUCGACGAUACUCUUCUGAGGCAGUUUACUCCAUAUACAUCACGAAGAAGCUGCAGAUGGCGUCCUCAAUGUCAUUUGAUGAUGUUGCUGCCGACAGUGGGACCUCCGAUAAAGAGGAAAUUGAGAAGGAAACAAGCUGGAAGGGGAUCUUACAGAGGGAGCUAGGAUUUGGGGCUUGGGUGUUGGCAUUAGGACUUUGCUCAUUGGGGAAAAAGAAAGAUGGGGAGUCGAUUGCAGCAAGCGCUGAGGAGUUUUUGUUCCAACAGCGAUUGGAAUUAUGCAGUUUUCUGGAAGAUAACGCGUCAAACGAGGAUGUCAUGCAGAACUUAAAACUGAUGUUAACUUGGGAGGAUGCUUAUUAUGAUGGAAACCAAUUGGAAAAGAAGUUGUUCAAUCCUGCUUCAGGAAGCUCGAUUGAGGGUCCUUACUCACAUGAUCCUCUAGGAUUGGCUGUGGCAAAGAUGUCUUAUCAAGUAUAUUCUCUGGGGGAAGGGGUUGUCGGAAAGGUAGCAGUUUCUGGAAAGCAUUCAUGGAUAUUUUUAGAUGAGCUUGAUUCUUUCUCAUAUGAGUAUUUUGAUGGGUGGCAAACUCAGUUUUCAGCUGGCAUUAAGGAACAAAGAGAUCUGAGAGAUGCUUUUCAGAUCGAUUCUAGUCUCUUUCUCAUCUCCGCUCCUUCUUUGAAUCAGGUUCCUCUGCCAAAAGGGCUUCAAAACCCCUCAAUUCUUGGUACUUUUUCGCAAAAAAUUCAUAAGAGAUUUCCUGUUUUGCAGACCAUUGUUGUUGUGGCUGUGAUUCCACUUGGAGUUGUACAACUAGGCUCUCUGCAUAAAAUUUCUGAGGAUGUGAAGCUGGUCGACCAUAUAAAAAACGUUUUCUCUGGCCUACAUGAUUCAUUACUUGGUUGUACUCCAAGUUCGAUGAAAAGUAACACUGAUGAUUCUUGUUUGCCAGAUUCAUGCACAAAAAUCCCAGAUUCCACUUUUCACAACUCCUCCAUUGGCAAAAUGAAAAGGUCUCUUCAUGAGGAUGAGAUGAACUUGUGGUCUCAGUUUCUUUCACCUCUUGGGGAAUCUGUUAAUCAAUUUCAUGUUUCCCCUCAAAUCGGAGACUUCUCAAAUAAAACUCUUAAAAACAACAUGCAAGAAAGAGCUGGGCCCUCAGUGCCUGGAAAUGAAAUUUCACUUCCCUCGAGCUCGGCAAAUAUUCUCUCAAGUCAACCGCAAGCACCAGUGAUGGAAAAUCCAAACAACAAGAAAUCCGGUGGCGAAACAAGUGACUCCAGGGAUUUAGGAAAGAGACCCGAAAUUACUAAGAAUGUCAAGAUCGAGAACUUUAACAUAAAUGAUUUCGAAACUCGACAUUUCGAGAACCUACGACUGCCGAUCAAGUCUAGUAAUCGUGCAGCAGAGAUGAAUAUUGCACCCUUCGGUUUUUGUGCCGGGUAUGAACUGUACGAAGCUUUAGGACCUUCUUUCCAGGAGCAGAAAAACGAUUCCAUUUGGGGGGCCGUAAAUAUUUCCGAGGGAAUAGGCAGUUGCAGUUUGCUGAGGGGAAAUUCUGACGGGAACCUUCUAGAAGCAGUGGUGGCUCGAACAGGAACUCACAAAAGGUAUGACACAGAAAACGAGAGGUCUUGCCGUGAAUCUCUCUUGACUGCCGAUAAAACACCGUGCAAUAGUCUGGGAACUAUUAGUUCGUUCGACCGCGACACUUCUUGUAGUUUAAAUUCGGUAACUUGUAGUGUCGAGUCAUUGAGGGGAUUCCCGUGUACGAGUUCAAGUAUAGGGAGUGAGCAUUUGGAUAAGGCUCGUAUGCCGGUUAAACCGAAUAGAAAAAGAGCUAGACCAGGUGAGAGUAGUAGGCCAAGGCCAAGGGAUAGGCAGUUGAUCCAAGAUCGGAUAAAGGAACUGAGAGAGCUCGUGCCCAGUGGAUCUAAGUGCAGUAUUGAUUCGCUUCUAGAGAGGACUAUUAAGCACAUGGUGUUUUUGCAAAGUGUAACCAAGCAUGCUGAGAAACUGAAUAAGUGCUCAGUGUCAAAGUUGCUUGACAAGGAAACAGGUAUACAGAGAAUCUCCUGUCGUGAGCAAGGCUCGAGCUGGGCUGUUGAAUUGGGAAACAGCCAAAAGGCCUGCCCAAUAAUAGUUGAAAAUAUAAAUAUGAACGGGCAAAUGCUUGUAGAGAUGUUGAGCAAAGAGAGUGGUCACUUUCUGGAAAUAGCAGAGACCAUUAGAAGCUUAGGGCUAAGCAUACUAAAAGGUGUGUCUGAAGCCUAUGGAGAUCAGAUGUGGAUGUGCUUUGUUGUUGAGGGUGAGAAUAACCGAAGCAUUCAUCGGAUGGAUGUGUUAUGGUCACUUAUGCAGCUUUUUCAACCUAAAACGUCUACUACUUGAUCACUGUUCAAGAAAACCAGUAUUUUCGACCUGUAGUAUUUGUUUUCUUUUUUCACAGUAAGCUGGAUUAUUUUCUUAUUGAUGUGAUUUGGGUUUAUGCUGAGUUUUGUUGUUUGUAACAUCAUCAAAUUUGGGUGUGGGAUAAUACUGGAAAUCUUGAAUUGAUAUUUCUUUGUAUUCAAAUCUCUUUGACAUUAGUGUUGAGAGAUUGAUCGUCUUUGCGGUGACAAUGUAUUUAGAAUUCUUUUUAUAGAAACCAGAACUUAUAUGAUUUAACUGUGUAAUGUGUACUAUUACAUUGUUCGACACGGAAUUCUUUAUAAGGAUCAUGCUCGACCCGAAUCUUGGAAAUAUUAUA